GUUCUGUCCAGAAACUACACCACUUGAUAUAAAUAAGCAGAGCUCUACAAUAACAAAUCAUAUAAAUAUCUUGACAAAUAAAAAUGGAGAGAACAUCAGAGCACAGGAGAGAAAAGGUGGUGAUCCCAGCAGUGAGCCGCGACGAAGAAGGCCGAAAGCGCAUGGAAAAGAUCGAGGUGGACUCGGGGAACGUGGAGACGAUCAGAUACGUGGAGAAGAAGCUGACAGACAAAGGCGUGCACAGGAUGGAUCGUCACCCGAGAGACGGGCUUCCGAUAGGGCGGCAGCCGAAGGGGGGGCACGGUGGUAAGUAUACGUGGGAAGGGCCGCUAGGGUUGGAGAAUGAGGAGGAUGUGGAGUCGAUACCUGUGGCUUUGGAUAAGAAUGAUCCUAAUUAUGUUGAGGAAGAGGAGGGUGAGGAGGUGGUGGGGCGUGUUGAGGUGGCGAAAGUUGCGCAGGGGAGUGAGGGUGUUGCCAGACUCGAGGUUAAUCUCGAGUCUGGUUAACCUGCGGUGACGGAACCAGAAUUUCGGAAUAUCCGUGUGUAUAUUUUUCACUAUUUCAGGCUUGUGAUGUUAAAGUCAGGUUUCUCUGCUCUUGUAAAAAAUAUUUAGUAAAUUUAAUAAAUAAAAGUAACUUUGUUGUGUA